AUGAGUUGGCAAAGGUUGAGUCGGCACAAGGAUGUUGGGGGGCUUGGAUUUCGUAACUUAAGGGACUACAACAUGGCUUUCUUGGGAAAACAAGGGUGGAGGUUAGUCACCAAUGAUAAUUCUCUCGUGGCAAAGAUUUAUAAAGCCAGAUACUACUCGAAUGGGAGUUUUUUUAGUGCUGAGUUGGGUCUGAAUCCUAGUUUUAUUUGGAGAAGCUUAUGGGAGGCUAAAAGCUUGGUUAGGAUGGGGGCUAGGAAAGCUAUUGGGGAUGGGAAAUCCACUAUGAUUUUGGAUGAGCCGCAGUUACCAGGGGCUGGAACUAACUUUAUUACAACCUAUCAUCCAAAUCUAGCUGGUAGAACUGUGGAUAGUUUGAUGCAAAUUGAGGAAAGAGUUUGA